AUGGAGCCCAUGUCAGUAUCUCCAAAUGGGAGCACGGAGACAAUGGAGGAUGGUCAUACAGCCUCCCUAGAGGGGGCGCUGACACCCAAGGGCCUGCGGCGCAAGAGAGAGUUCAUCCCAGACGAGAAGAAGGACGUCACCUACUGGGAGAAGCGUCGCAAGAACAACGAGGCUGCCAAGCGCUCGCGGGAGAAGAGGAGGGUGAAUGAUUAUGCGCUGGAGAGCCGCCUGGCGGCCAUGAGCAAAGAGAACGCCCGGUUGAACACAGAACUGCUGGCCCUCAAACUCCACUUUGGCCUGAUGAGCCCUGCAGGCUACGCUGCCCACCAGAGCAGCCUGCUACGGCUCCACCAUGCCCACACCCACAGCCCUCAUUCUCCGCCACCCAGCAGCCCAACCCAGCCCCUGGACAGGAACGUCUACUGGGGCAGGAGGCCCAGCUACAGAGACCCCUCCACCCUGCCCAAUUACCACCACCUACCCCCCGUCCUGACUGGACAACCUGCUCCAGCCCUGAUCCAUCCACAUGCUCUACCAACCAGAAGGGGCUAUCCAUACUUCUUAGAAAUUCCUGGUGUUGUCCACCCUGCAAACUCAUCCUCCCUUCUCCUGCCCCCGCUUCACCCCUCUCCCCUAUCGUCCUGGCCGGGGGUUCCCCUGCUGAGGCCCACCCCUAGGAGAGGGGGUUCAGACGAGGAGGGGGAACAGCAGGUCCCAGCAGCCUCCUCCAGCACUGCAUUACUGCACAAGCUGAGGCUGAAGACCAUCAGAGCUCCUACUGUCAAUAGGGAUGUCAGAGACAGGGCCUCCCCCUCACUCCCGCUCUAUGUAUCUGACUGA